AUGCGGAGCCCAGAAUUGGACAUUGAUGAAUCUCAGAUCCCCGGCACGGUUCUGCUCGUUGAUGUGGAGCACACCGUCGAGGCUCUGCAUUCCCAGAGCAAAGACAGCAUCAUCCUUAUUCCAACCCCAUCGAAUGAUAUAAAUGAUCCUCUAAAUUGGUCGCCAUGGAGAAAGCGCCAGCAUCUCAUUUGUCUGAUUGCAUACACGCUAUUUAAUGGCAUGAGUUUAUCUGUAGUGUAUUCGCUUCUUGUGCCUCUAUCAACAGCUUUAGAAGUCAGCGUGAGCGACCUCAAUGAAGGAACGGGAUACAUGUUCUUGCUAUGUGGCUGGGGCCUGCUUUUCUGGCAACCUUUUGCUUUACAGUACGGAAAACGUUUGACGUAUCUACUCUCUAUGCUCGGUUGUAUAGCUGUCUCCGUCUGGAGCCCAUAUGCCAAAGGCCAAGGCCAGUGGAUCGCUCGCAAUAUUGUCACUGGAUUCGUUGCCGCACCAAUCGAAGCUCUGCCUGAAACAUCAAUUACAGACAUUUAUUUUGCUCACGAGCGAGGCACCUACAUGGGAUGGUAUGCAUGGAUUUUGGCCACGUCCAACUAUUUUGCGCCCGUCAUUUGUGGUUUCAUCAACGACAGCAUGGGGUUCAAAUGGCCUUUUUACUUUAUGGCUAUAUUCGACGCUGCUUGCUUCCUCUUCCUCUUCUUCUUUUUAGAAGAGACAAACUAUGAGCGCCAAGCGGUAGGAGUGAUCUAUGCUGAAGAUUCCCAAGAGGGGGUUGCGGCUUCUUCCUGGGUCAAUAAUGGUGGUGUCAGCAGCAGAAAUAUCAUCCUCCAAGGCAGUGAGAAAACCUAUUGGCAGAAGCUUUCCCUGCUCGACAAGUCGCGACCAUUCACGAUGCACAAACGAGCAUGGCAGAUUCUCCGGUUGAUCGCCUGGCCAGUAGUUUUCUAUUCUGGCUUCUCAUACGGCACGUACCUCAUCUGGUUCAAUAUCCUCAACGCGACAUCGUCCAUUGUGCUUGGUGGUGCCCCGUACAACUUCCAGCCCAGUAUCGUCGGCUUAAGCUAUCUUGCCUGCAUAGUAGGAGUUAUUAUUGGAUCUGCAUACAGCGGCAUCGUCUCAGACUGGUUCAUCAUCAAGCUAGCGCGACGCAACCGUGGAGUAUUCGAACCGGAGCAGCGUCUUUGGCUGUUCGCAUUGACCACAAUCUUGGUGCCGGCCUGCCAGAUCCUUUGGGGUGUUGGUGCUGCCCAUCACGUCCACUGGUUUGGACUCAUUUUCGCGAUGUGUAUCCUUGCGGCCUGCAACACAGCCGGAAUUACGCUGUCCAUCGCCUACCUCGUUGACUCGUACCGAGAGAUAUCAGGAGACGGCCUAGCAUCAUGCAUCAUUAUCCGUAACACGAUGAGCUUUGCCAUCGGCUAUGGCAUCACUCCUUGGCUAGACGGCCUGGGACUGCAAAACUGCUUCAUCAGCGUCGCAUUUGUUGCAUUGGCUAUCUGCGCAAUCUUCUUGCCAGUCAUAUUUUAUGGCAAAGAGCUUCGUGGAAUGAAGCGAACGAGCUAUUGGAAGGAGGUCAAGCUUAGGCAGGAAUAG